AUGGCAGACCCACAAGCACCCGCAAAGGGAACAGGAGAGCCCGCAAAGGAGAAUACCGCCGACGCCGCCGCCUCCGUUCCCCAGCCAGCCAACCCUACGCCGGCUUCCCAGGACGCUCCCGAGUCUUCAUCUACCCCUGCAACAGACCAGAACGUGUCCCCGACAGCCUUACAACAAAGCCUCAACAAAGAGAACUUCCAAGAAGAAGUUGGACAGGUCCUGGGAUCGUUCAACAGCUGGUGGGGCGGGGUCAAGAAGCAAUCUGCUUCCACUUUUGCCACGAUCAGAGCAGAUCUCGACAAGACUGUUACCCAAGCCCAGGCCGACUUUGAGUACCUCAAAACAGCCAAGGUGGAAGUUGUCGCCAAGGACCCCGCACAGUUUGAAGCCGAGCAGGAGGUUGAAAGGGCCAAGAAAGCAGCUCAGAAGGAAGCUGCUGCUCGCGAGGCUGCUUCCAAGGCGAGGGGCAAGGGGAAAGAGACCGAUCCCGCCGAGGACCCCUCUCUCUUCUCUGCAGCAUUCAUCAACCGCCUCACAUCCUCCACCAGUCAGCUCCAGAACACCCUUCGGACCACCUUGCAAUCCACGAUAGACGCCGCUGCCCAUAACCCCGCUCUCUCGAACCCUUCCGUUCUCCGUGAGCAACUUGUUGAAAACCUCAGGCUGUCCUCUGCGCGCGAAAACUUGCAGCUAUCAGUCAAACAAGCCGAAAAGCUCGCGGAAGAGUAUCUGCGCAAGGGUGAUCAAUGGGUCAAGGAUGCGGAGAAAUGGAUGGAGGACGCUGUCAAGGUUAUGCCCCCUGACGGUGAAGAGGCCCAUGGCGUUAGCCUAGGUGGUGACUACUACCACUUUUCGACAUCUGGCGCCCCUACUUCUGGUACCAACAGCGGCGCUGAAUCCCGAUCUCGCAGUCCUGCUGGUAUUAUUGCCGCCGGUUCCCGUAAAGAUGCUCUACUUGGUCAGCUCCGGGAGGACAAGAAUAUGCUUCUAGUCGACCCAGAGGGAGAGGCUGAGACUGACAAAAGGAAGGCGGAGUUCAGGGAAUGGGUCAAAGAGCACUGGAACGAUGAGACUAGGAAGGCUGGGCGUGAAGAUGAGGCAUUGGUUGGCGCCGUAAGAAUUGAACUCGUCCCCGAACAACUUUCGGACGAUCAAUUCUGGCAACGUUACCUGUUCCACAAGCACAUGAUCGAGGCCGAGGAGCAGAAGCGAAAGCUCAUUCUUCAAGCUACCCAGCAACAGGAAGCGAACGACGACUUUAACUGGGACGACGAAGAAGAUUCCACGCCCUCUGUAGCCGCUCCUGCCCCGUCGACUACCGCCCCUGCCGCUGACACCGUCUCAUCAUCGGCAACCCCCAAAGCCUCUACCGACGGCAAACUCCCGUCCUCUGCGCCCGGCCCGGUCAAAUCCGUUACCAGCGUGGCCACGAGCCCGAGAGAUUCAGAGGAGAGUUAUGACAUUGUCAGUGAUCAAGCGGUGAAAGCGAAGCCUGCUCCUCCAGUGGAGACAGAGGACGACGAAGAUUCGGAUUGGGAAUAA